ACAACGCCAGCUAAGGGUAGGCGGAGUCCGGCCGACUCAGGGACGCUGACAGGGAGAGUAUGGUGCUCGCCGUCAGGGCCGACACCCAACAGCGAGCCCUGGAUACCAUCCUUGCAUAACAUCUAUGCUUGGACGACUCUUCCCCUUCUUCCAAGCAGCGCUACUCGUUUUGCAGGACAUGCCGGUACAUGCAGGAUUCUUCGUCCACAUUCGCUCGGAGGGUGAGAGGUUGAGAGAGUACGGGGUAGAGAAGAAGGACGCCAACGGAUACACCUCUAUCAUCAGCUGCUACAUCGCAAGCGAAAGCGGCAAGACGUUCGAGGUCUAUUGGCACGAACCGGCCUCGAAGACCGACAUGCUCGUGAAGGUCGAGAUGGACGGCCAGCUCACCGACGAGGUCGCGCACUUCGAGUACGAGGGCACGGGUGUGUCGCAGGGUGUCAUCGAGUAUGCCCAAAGAGCCGUCCGGCUGUACCGUUUUGAAGAUGUCAAGACCACCGACGACGAUUCCGUGGCGCGCCCUGGCAGGGUGAGCGCAAAGCUGGGUACUAUCACGGUGAGCCUGUUCCUCGUCUCCCGCUGGGACGAGUCAAAGGCAAGGGGCAGUCUCAAGCGACCGCGCAUGAACCCGAAGUCUGUGGUGAACCCGGGCUACAUCCACGAAAAGGACAAGAAGGAGGGCCGACACAACGUCUGCUUCGGGCCUCGUGAGGCCAUGUCAUCUUAUUCCACGAGCUUCCAGGUCUACAACCCCAUAGGCCAGCACAAACGACCCAUCAUGGUAUUCGUGUUCAAUUACAGGCCUCGAGCUAUCCUAGAAAACAAAGGCUACGUGCCUCCGUCGGCACAUGCCAUAGGUGCUGGAAGGAAACGCCCGUCGACCUCCGCCGUGCCGCAUGCGUCGAAGCGUCCCCGCAAACACUCGCCGGAGGUGAUUGUGAUAUCUGACUCGGAGGACUCGGAGAAGUCAUCCGAAUCGUCCGACUCGAGUGAAGGGGAAGAGGACACGCUUGGGCCGGAGUCUGAAGAGGAUGUCCAGGAAACACCGGUGGUAGGUCGAAUGAGUGAGGAUGACACGGAAGAUAUAGAGUUAGCCGUUGGUCAUGAGAUUGCGUUCCUUCAGGCGCAGAUUGCUAAGUUGCAGAAGGAACUCGCAGAGAAGAGUGCAGCAUUGAAGGCAUUCUUGUGAUGUUGAUUUGCAUGGC